GACCGAGCGUGCCAUGCAUUGAGCUAGGGAGCCUCUGUCAAUUCCACUCCUAGGCUCGGCGUGGGAGAGAUGCCUGAGGGGUUGCCCGGGAAGGGUUCGUCAAGGCCUCGCGGGUGUCUAGUCGACGAGACUGCCAGGGUUCUCAGGACUGGGCCGGGGGCGGUCGACACCGGGGUAGGUGGUCGCCUGGUGGCUCAGCUGUGGGAGUUUUCGGCUAGCGUCCAGCGGGGAAUUACCCGAGGAGCCCUUACUUGUAUAAAAGCAGAGUCCAUUUAAAGUUGGGCUGGAUAGCCUCUCUCUCAUUGGUUAGGGGGCUUGGAAAAAAGAGACUCGGCGAGCCCUCGCUGUGGUGCUGCCGCCGCCGCCGCCGCCGCCGCUGGAGUUGACUCUUCUGCUCGCACUGCUGCUGCAGCACAAACGUGACUUCCAACAUUUUUAUUUAUCUUUCCCUUUUCUUUUCCAAGAUGUAACUACAAAUCAGACACUAAGGACCUUCACGUUUCGCUGAUGUAGUUUUUGGAGGAAAGAGGGGGGGAGUGAAGGGCGUCGGUUUUUUUUUUGUGUGUGUGUUUCGGGGGAAAUUUUCCAUUAUGAGUGUUUUACUAAAGUGAAUUUUUUUUUUGUUUGCUUCGUUCGUCUUUGGCUCUUUUUUUUUUUUUUUUUUUGCUUCCCAAUUUCGGAUUUAUUUCAAGGCGAAUCGGGCUUUGGGGAAAGAGGAAGAAAAGUCGGAUUACAAGAUCAACCACCACCAACAACAAUAAAAACCACCAGGAUAUUUUUUUGCAAAUUUCUGACGGCUUUAAAUUCAUGAAGCAAUUGUCCCCUUUUGCAAUCAGCAUUUGGAUCUCAGAAUGAGCAAGGAAAGACCCAAGAGGAAUAUCAUUCAGAAGAAAUACGAUGACAGUGAUGGGAUUCCAUGGUCAGAAGAAAGGGUGGUACGUAAAGUCCUUUAUUUGUCUCUGAAGGAGUUCAAGAAUGCUCAGAAGAGGCAGCAUGGUGAAGGCAUUACUGGGAGCCUGAAAACGGUGAAUGGGCUCCUUGGUAAUGGCCAGUCUAAGGGAUUAGGACCAGCAUCAGAACAGUCAGAGAAUGAGAAGGAUGAUGCAUCCCAAGUGUCCUCUACUAGCAACGAUGUUAGUUCUUCAGAUUUUGAAGAAGGGCCGUCGAGGAAAAGGCCCAGGCUGCAAGCACAAAGGAAGUUUGCUCAAUCUCAGCCGAAUAGUCCCAGCACAACUCCAGUAAAGAUAGUGGAGCCAUCGCUACCCCCUCCAGCUACUCAAAUUUCUGACCUCUCUAAAAGGAAGCCUAAGACAGAAGAUUUUCUUACUUUUCUCUGCCUUCGAGGUUCUCCUGCGCUGCCCAACAGCAUGGUAUAUUUCGGAAGCUCUCAGGACGAGGAGGACGUCGAGGAGGAAGAUGAUGAGACAGAAGAUGUCAAAAUAGCCACCAACAAUGCUUCAUCUUCAUGCCAGUCAACCCCCAGGAAAGGAAAAACCCCCAAGCAUGUUCACAAUGGGCAUGUUUUCAACGGUUCCAGCAGGUCAUCACGGGAGAAAGAACCUGUUCAAAAACACAAAAGCAAAGAGGCCACUCCCAGCAAGGAGAAGCACAGCGAUCAGCGGGCUGACAGCCGGAGGGAGCAGGCUCCAGCGAGCCACCCCCCGACGGCCCCCUCCACGGGCUCCUCGGCCAAGGGGCCCGCUGCUAACCACCACCACCCCCCUCUGCAUCGGUCGGCUCAGGACUUACGGAAACAGGUUUCGAAGGUAAAUGGAGUCACUCGAAUGUCAUCUCUGGGUACAAGUGCAACCAGUGCCAAAAAGAUGCGCGAAGUCAGACCUUCACCGUCCAAAACUGUGAAGUACACUGCUACGGUGACUAAGGGGACUGUCACAUACACCAAAGCCAAGAGAGAACUGGUCAAGGAAACCAAACCCAAUCACCACAAGCCCAGUUCAGCUGUCAACCACACAAUCUCAGGGAAAACUGAAAGUAGCAAUGCAAAAACCCGCAAACAGGUGCUAUCCCUCGGGGGGGCGUCCAAGUCCACCGGGCCCGCCGUCAAUGGCCUCAAGGUCAGUGGCAGGUUGAACCCAAAGUCAUGCACUAAGGAGGUGGGGGGGUGGCAGCUGCGGGAGGGGCUGCGGAAUUCCAAGAGGAGACUGGAAGAGGCACACCAGGCGGAAAAGCCGCAGUCACCCGCCAAGAAGAUGAAAGGGGCGGCCGUCUCUGCCGAAGCCCCUGGCAGGAAGGUGUCGGCGGCCCCGGCCCCGGCCCCGGCCCCGGCGGAGAGGGCUCUGCUGAAUGGACACAUGAGAAAGGAAGUGCCCGAGCGGAGCUUGGAGAGGAACCGGCCAAAGCGGGCCGCGGCCGGGAGGAACACGCCGGGCAGACAAGCACACGGCAAGGCGGACAGCGCCUCCUGUGAAAAUCGUUCUACCUCGCAAUCAGAGCCCUUGCACAAGCCGCACGAGGCAGCGGCCAAGCCCGAGAAGGGGGCCGGCCGGGCCGGGUGGGCGGCCAUGGACGAGAUCCCUGUGCUCAGGCCGUCGGCCAAGGAGUUCCACGACCCGCUCGUCUACAUCGAGUCGGUGCGUGCUCAGGUGGAGAAGUACGGCAUGUGCAGGGUCAUCCCGCCCCCAGACUGGCGGCCCGAGUGCAAGCUCAACGACGAGAUGCGGUUCGUCACGCAGAUCCAGCACGUCCACAAGCUGGGCCGGCGCUGGGGCCCCAAUGUGCAGCGGCUGGCCUGCAUCAAGAAGCACCUCAGAUCUCAGGGCAUCACCAUGGACGAGCUCCCGCUCAUAGGAGGCUGUGAGCUCGACCUGGCCUGCUUUUUCCGGCUGAUUAAUGAGAUGGGCGGCAUGCAGCAAGUGACUGACCUCAAAAAAUGGAACAAACUAGCAGACAUGCUGCGCAUCCCCAAGACUGCCCAGGACCGGCUGGCCAAGCUCCAGGAGGCCUACUGCCAGUACUUGCUGUCCUACGACUCCCUGUCCCCUGAGGAGCACCGGCGGCUGGAGAAAGAGGUGCUGAUGGAGAAGGAGAGCCUGGAGAAGCGGAAGGGGCCCCUGGAGGGCCACACGGAGCAUGACUACAACAAGUUCCACUCCCUGCCCCGCUUCGAGCCCAAGAACGGGCUCAUCAAUGGCGUGGCCCACAGGAACGGCUUCCGAAGCAAGCUCAAAGAGGUGGGCCAGGCCCAGCUCAAGACAGGCCGGCGGCGACUCUUUGCUCAGGAAAAGGAAGUAGUGAAAGAAGAGGAAGAGGACAAAGGCGUCCUUAGCGACUUCCAUAAGUGUAUAUAUAAGGGAAGGUCUGUUUCUUUAACAACUUUUUAUCGAACAGCAAGAAACAUCAUGAACAUGUGCUUCAGCAAGGAGCCCGCACCAGCUGAAAUUGAGCAAGAGUACUGGAGGUUAGUAGAAGAGAAGGACUGCCACGUGGCAGUGCACUGCGGCAAAGUGGACACCAACACUCACGGCAGCGGAUUCCCAGUAGGAAAAUCAGAACCAUUUUCAAGGCAUGGAUGGAACCUUACCGUCCUCCCCAAUAACACAGGGUCCAUCCUGCGUCACCUCGGUGCUGUGCCUGGAGUGACAAUUCCCUGGCUAAAUAUUGGCAUGGUCUUUUCUACCUCAUGCUGGUCUCGAGACCAAAACCACCUUCCCUACAUUGACUACUUACACACUGGUGCUGACUGCAUUUGUAUUAGAACUACGUUCUCGUCUAAGGAGCCAGUGUCUGGAGUAGUCUCAUCACGACUCCCCUGCUUUCCGGCCAGAGCACAGACUGUGGUAGCUGAUGUUGCAGCAGGGCCCCCGAUGGCAAGCCUGUGUGCGGAAGAAGGUGGUCUUCAGCUUCCUGUAGUUGACCUUCUGUUAGAAACCCUGGAUUUAAAUCACAAAUCAGUAACAGAAUAUGUUGGCAUUGAAGAGGAGAACAAGCUCGAAGAUGUGGUCCACACCCUGCUGCAAGCCAACGGGACCCCAGGGCUGCAGAUGCUGGAAAGCAACGUCAUGAUCUCCCCAGAGGUGCUGUGCAAAGAGGGGAUCAAGGUGCACAGGACCGUGCAGCAGAGCGGCCAGUUCGUCGUCUGCUUCCCAGGAUCCUUUGUGUCCAAAGUGUGCUGCGGCUACAGCGUCUCUGAGACCGUGCACUUCGCCACCACCCAGUGGACAAGUAUGGGCUUUGAGACGGCCAAGGAAAUGAAGCGUCGCCAUAUAGCUAAGCCAUUUUCCAUGGAGAAGUUACUCUACCAGAUUGCACAAGCGGAAGCAAAAAAGGAGAACGGCCCCACUCUCAGUACCAUCUCGGCCCUUCUGGAUGAGCUCAGGGAUACAGAGCUGCGGCAGCGGAGGCAGCUGUUCGAGGCCGGCCUCCACUCCUCUGCCCGCUACGGCAGCCACGACGGCAACAGCACUGUGGCGGAUGGGAAGAAAAAGCCUCGAAAGUGGCUGCAGUUGGAGACGUCGGAGAGGAGGUGUCAGAUCUGCCAGCACCUGUGCUACCUGUCCAUGGUCGUACAGGAGAAUGAGAACGUGGUGUUCUGCCUGGAGUGUGCUCUGCGCCACGUGGAGAAGCAGAAGUCCUGCCGAGGACUGAAGCUGAUGUAUCGUUAUGAUGAGGAACAAAUUAUCAGUCUGGUCAAUCAGAUCUGUGGCAAGGUACCUGGCAGGAACGGCAGCAUUGAGAACUGUCUCGGUAAGCCUGCACCAAAAAGGGGGCCCCGCAAGAGGGCGACAGUGGACGUGCCGCCCUCCCGGCUGUCCUCCUCCAGCUCGUCCAGAAGUGCUUCGAGCUCACCGUGAAGCUGCCAGCACCGCGGUCGACUGAGAUCUAUUUUUUUGUAAUUAUUAUAUUCUAGUUUGGAGUACUUGCUGUAGGAUACAAGCUGUCUUUGCACUAGCUCUAAAGAAGAUUUUCUUCUGGUUUUAGAGAACUAAUUUUGUUUUAGCAUUAAACUGUUGAACUUUUUUUUGUACUUAGAAUACCUAGAUACUGCAGUCAGAUUUUUGAAACUGCCGUAUAUUCACUGUUUUAAAACCCUUGAGGGGCUGUGUUAAUUUGUAUUGCCCCUGUGGCUGACAAAAGCCUUUUUGUUUGUUUGAUUUUUUUUUUUUUUUUUGUAACUGUUGGGGAAAAAAGGCUUUUUAACCCAUUUUUGAAGAGGGUGAAGUUUGGAGAACAAAUUUUAAAACCAGUCAUGUGAGCAGAUUUUUCUAGAGGAAAAGGGACACACACACACACACACACACACACACGAAACUUGAAAAGAAAUGGCUUUACUUUGGCUGUCUUUUCUUCUGUCAUGUGCAAGAUGAGUUUGUACUUUUUUAAAACCGGAGAACCCCCAUUUUGUUUCUUCGGGCGGUUAUGGCAGCUGGAGGCGGACGUUGUUUCCUAACCAUAGGCAAAAUGAGGAGAUUUGAGUGACUAGGUUCUCUUUACCAGCACAUCACUAUGCAUCUGUUUAAGGGAAAAAGAAAAGAGAGAAAAAGACUGCCUGCCUUGGAGGGGUCACGUGCGGGAAACCUGUGCCUGAUUUCAUUAGGAAAUCCAUUCUGUUAUUUUUUGGUGCUGUUGGCUACUUUAUCAAAAAACCCUUCAAUAGCAUCCUUAAGAAAAAAAAAAAAAGGAAAAAAGUGAUUGAAGCCGUAAGUGCUUCUUUGUCAUAGACGUGCAAUCUUUCUAACAUUCCAUCCUCAUCUCACUGCUUGUUGUUUCUCACCUUCACAAGUCAGCAUUAAUCUUUCUUUUUAAAUUUGUUUCAUUUAUGAUCACAUUUAGAGCCACUAGGAGGUCUGCAGUUCUUUUUGAAUGUGAAAAUGCAUUUGCGCUCAUCUUGUCUAUUUUCUCUCUUCAUGUUGUAACAAAAAAAGAAAAAAAGGAAAAAAAAAAUCCCAUCCUUUUGUACAUACGCCUGUAAAUUGUUUUAAAUACUUGAGCCUUUUUCUCGGUGGGGGGUGGGGAGGGGGGUGAGAAGACAAGAUGAAGAAAAGCCUUACAUUUCAGUUUCUUCAUCGGUUGGAUUGGAUGCUUACAGGGUUUUUCUUGUAACAUUUAUAAGUGCUGCUUACAUCACUGAACAACAACAAAAAAAUAAUAAUGGAGUAGCUGUUGCCCUUCUCCGGUUGUGUGUACAGUACGUGUGGAAUAAAAAAGGGAAACUGUUUUCACAAGCUGUCCUUUGUUUCAUAAUUGGACUCAUCGAUCCCGUGGCUACCGUGUUGCACUGAGCUUGCCGGUGGGGCUGUCAGGAACGUCCUGGGAUCCGCUGUGUUGGUCGCUGUUGCAGAAGACUGAACUGUUUUGGAAUAUUUAACAGUUACAUAAACAGAGUCAAGUGUUUUCCAAUGUGGUUGUCCGGUUUUUAUGGCCUUGCUGUGUACUUUCCCUCUUUUUGACAGUAAACUUCUGCCUAUGGCUUACAGUUUGACAUUUAAUUUAUUAGCGCUGCUCUGCACUCCUCCCUUGGGAGGGAAGACUUCAUGUUGUUUAUUGCCAGUUUUUUGUUUACUUUUCAGGUUUGUACUACAAGGUUUAAUAAUAAAAACGAAGUUUUUUGGA